CACCAGCAAGCGGUUUCAUCAAGAUAGACGCCAACUGGUACCUGUGGGUUGAGGCUCAGAAGACUUGGUCAGACGCGGAGGCUCACUGCCAGAGUCUUCACUCCUCUGCCCACUUAACGGACGUUCCUUCUCUGAAACUGAACACGCGGUUGAUCAACUACGCCAGGCAUAAUCAAGGAGGGAACUUCUGGACAAGCGGUAACGACCAACAGACAGACGGCCAGUGGGUGUGGCAACAUCCGGGCACCUCCGUUGGGUUCACAAAUUGGAGAACUGACGAACCGAAUGGCGGAACGAACGAAAACUGUAUGAUGGUGUACAGUCAGCCAAGGGAAACCCACCAUACUCAGUGGAACGACGCGCCGUGUUCGGAAACGGUGUCUUUUAUUUGUAAGAUUUAG